GAGGGGAGACAUAUUCAUUCCAGUGUAUUGAUUGACUGUGGCUUAGGACCACACCUACUAGUGGUGGGUGGAAAGGGUACGAAGGACUGUUGGUUGUUAAAUAUAAACAAAAUGAAAUGGAAAAAACUGACUAAUAUACCAAACACUGUCACUAAUAGAUAUGGUCAUUCUCUCUCAGUGUGGAAUGAGACACAGACCAUUCACUGGAUAAUUGUGUUUGGAGGCUUUUCAUCAGUCACUGAUACAAGAUUAAUUAAAAUCAUAACUAGUGGCCGUGAUUUGGUAGUACAGCCAGUACUGGAAAAUAAUGAAUAUCGACAGGAAAGAGCACGGCAAAGACUUGCACAAGCAGGUCAUCCUCCUUCAACUGAAGACAUUUUGGACAAGAAGCCACAAAAGAGUGACCCCUUAGAUUAUUCACAAGUUCUGCUGCUCAUUAUUUAACUAUUGGUACUGCACUUGGUGUUGAAGUGGAUGACCUGCUACCUACUCCAGGGACUGCUACUCAUAACCUCAUACUAGUGUUCCAGAGAUGGAUAGACUCUGAUAAUGAU